GGAAGAUUAAUUAAAACAUCAAGGAGAGACGCCACGUUUGAGACACGGAAAUAGACAAACUGUUGGAGGAAAAUAAUUCAUCUGACAACAAAGAUGCAGUGGAGUCUGAUUCUGCUAUUCCUGAUGGGUCAGUGUUGUUUCAGCGACUGUCAGCUCUAUGAGUAUCUCUACAUUAAAGAGGACAAGACCUGGACUGAAGCUCAGCAGUACUGCAGAGAGAAACACACUGACCUGGCCACAGUGUCUAAGAUGAGAGACUUGAAGAGACUCCUCAACAUCUCAGCAGGAGGUCAGAGGGAUGCUUGGAUUGGUCUGUAUGAUCCAACAGCUGGGACCAGAACAUGGUACUGGUCUCUGCCUGGAGUGGAGUUCAAUGAAAGUGAGACAAACUGGAACACAGGAGAACCGACUGAUAAAGGAAAUUCAGGACCUGAGAACUGUGGAUUUCUGUAUAAAAAUCUCACAUGGGCAGAUACUGGUUGCCAAUAUGACAGAUAUUUCCUCUGCUACGAUGAAACUAAUAGAACACAGAAAUAUCACUUGAUUAGAGAGAUGAUGACCUGGCAGAAAGCUCAGAGAUACUGCAGAAGGAAACACACAGACCUGAUCAGUGGACUGAAGCAGCUACAGGAUGAAGAACUGAAGAAUGUGAUGAACUCUGCAGACAAGGAUCCAUACUUUGGUCUGUUCAGAGACACCUGGAGGUGGUCAGAUGGAAGCAGUUUCUCUUUCAGACACUGGAAUAAAAGUCUUAACAAUCAGCAAUACAACACUGGUCAAUGUGCCAUGGUCAAGUUUAAUAAGAACGGCAGUUGGAAAAAUAACAGCUGUACUGUCAAAAAACAAUUCUUCUGUUACGAUGAUAAAGUGAUCCUGAUUAAAAAAAAGAUGAACUGGGAGGAUGCCAUAUCGUACUGCAGAGAUCACUUCCAUGACCUGGUCACUGUCACCAACCUGGAUGAGCAGAGAUGGGUCCAGGAGAAAGCCAAGAAGGCCUCGACUCCAUUUGUCUGGAUGGGACUGCACUAUGCCUGCACUCUGGAUUUGUGGUUCUGGGUCAGUGACGAGGUGGUCAGGUAUAAGAACUGGGCCUCAGAUGAACAGAUGGAUGAUUGUGACAUGUCUGGAGCCAUGGAGACAGGAGGAAAACACCGGUGGUUUAAAAGAAAUGACAGCGAGGGGUUUAAUUUUAUCUGUUCUAGGAAGUAAAUUCUACUGUGUUCUGCAUUUCUCCCUUUAUGUGUAUGGUUCCUAUUAUAUGUUGGUUUGAAUAAGUUUACUUCCAUUCUAGAAAAAAAACCUUUACUUCCAACUCACUUUAAGUUGGAAGCGCUGAAGUUUUCACAGAAAGCUUGAUGUUGUCUUUGGUUUUCUAUGGUGUCAUUUAACAUGCAUGUUCCCUAAAUAUGUACAGUAGAUGUAGACCGUUUUAAUUUUGUUACUAAGAAGUUUUGGUCAUAAUUUUCAUAAAGAACACUUUUAAUUCUGAUGAAAACAAGACAAACAAUAAAUAACAAUCCCGAAUGACCAGAACAAUGACAAAAUAAGGACAAACAUUUUUAAAUCCAAUCAGAUCUAAAUUUAGUUGUGUGGAAAGGUGGUAUGAGAUGAAAAAAAAAAAAGCUAGUUUAGCAUUCAGAAUUCAAUGAACAGGACUACACAUGACUGUAUGAAAAUCACACUACAAAUAAAGUUUGAUUGACUGAUUGAUUUAAAAAAAAAAAAAAAAAAAAUCAGUUUGUGUUGACUUUUAAA